AUGUCACAGGAGGCCUCAGGGGCACCAGCAAUGCCAAGAGCAGGGCAUGGCCAGACUAAGGCCAAAGCACGGUUGCUUCUAGGUGCUGACAGGAAGAGGAACCGCCUCAGCAAGACAAGGCAGGACCUAUGGGACAGCACUAGCUGGAGUAAUCACAGACUGAGCAGAGCCACCUCUGCCCCUCGAGGGACCAGAGCUAAGGGAACAGCUCAUGGCAGGAGUGAAGCCUGCCCUGAGAACGCAGCACGGGAGCGGACCCGGGUGAGGACACUGCGCCAGGCCUUUUUGGCCUUGCAGGCUGCUUUGCCUGCCGUACCUCCUGACACAAAGCUUUCCAAGCUGGACGUGCUGGUGCUGGCCACAAGCUACAUAGCCCACCUCACCCGAACGCUCGGUCACGAGUUGCCUGGCCCUGCCUGGCCACCCUUCCUGCGUGGACUCCGGUACUUACACCCCCUCAAGAAGUGGCCCAUGCGAUCUCGUCUUUACGCAGGAGGCUUAGGAUGCUCUGGCCUCAAUUCCACCACAGCCACCGCUGCCAGCCAGAGAACCAGGGACGAAGAGGUGGGGUCCCAAGUCUCUGUAGCCACAGAUGUUCUUGUCGCCGAUCCAGUAUCUGCAGCUCUUGGUAACAAAUGACCAGCCCCUCAUCCUCUUCUCUCAGACUGUGACUCUCACGUAAGGACCCGGAUUUUCUACAGCUCUCCCUGUCUUUCCCCCUGACUCUCAGCCUUUGGAAUUGACUCAGGCUCAACUUUCAAGUUCAGGCUCGGCUUCCGGCAGGCAGAAGAAGCAAUGGUGACGUCAAUGGUGGAGAGUUCUGAGGGGACCCAGGAUGAAGAUCUUCACCUUUGGCUCUUAGGAGGAGACAUUCCUGGCACUUCUAGGGUAGUGGGCAGGAAGUGAAAGAGCAAAGUGUUUGAUGUGGUUUAAAGUCAAGCUAGGGAAUCACCCUCCUCUUACUUCCCUAGGCUUCUUCCCAGCGAGAAAACAGAAAUGACUCUGCAGGCUCAGGUGGAGGAGGCUAGGGUGGCGUUAGCCCCAGGCGCUCU